CAAAUGUUUAUUGACACUUUAAACAAGUAAAAUGCAAAAGAGAUCGUUGACUCUUUGUUAGAUUUUUUUUUUUCAUUUUGACAUUUGAUUUUUUAUUCUAAAGCUCAUUUGUUAGUUUUUAGACAUUUUAACGCUAAUUAUCUUAUUUUUUUCUCCCUAUCUCUCUCUCUCUCAACUUUAUUGCACAGAGUCGAUCGUAAAUUAUUCCGAUAAGUUUUGUGAAAGUCGGAAAUGAAAGAUUAUUUUCGUGGUUUAUCGGAUACACGUUGCGCGCGGAACUGCGCAUAACUUCACCACCACCGUUCUUUGAGUAACUUACGAAAAGAUCGAUUCGCGAUUAUCGGUUUGGCCCGAGGCCAAUUCGCAUUUCAUAUCCGCGCGAACGAUCGAUUUCUAAUCUUUCGAUUCUCACCGGUGUGGAUAUCGCGAGAAAUCAAUCGACCCAACUAUAUCUGAAUUCGCAUCAGACGCUCUCUUUCUCUCUCGAUUACGAGAGUCAAUCUUUGACGGCUAACCUCUCACGUCUUUGUAGUUUCACCAACUGUGGUCGAAAUCAAGAGUUUUUCCAACUUCUUUUCGGACUGAACUCUCUGGUUUAAGGAAGAGGGAUCUCUCUCGAGCGAUACAGGACGAUUCACAAGGCGACUACGUGACGCAAUUUCUCUGCGGUAUAAAACGACAACAAGGCAAGGAGAGAGAGAGAUCGGCGAUGACGACAAUCGCGCGGUUCUGAGACACGACAUCUUUCCACACUUCUUGACGCCAGUGGAUUCCGUGUGCAAGUCGUAUGCACGUGUUGUGAUGGUGUGCGUGAGAUCGCGCGUGCGAAUCGUUCGUACAUUCGGUAGCAGCCUGUAGCUUCGGUGUGUAGCAAGCGAGCCGGCUGUGUACAGCAGCUGUGUGAUAUUCACGCGCAAGGGAAAAGAGCUUCAAGGGAGAGAACACCCGUGUCGGGUUUCGACGUCAUUGGGACGACCAUGCGGACCUUUGGGAAUUUUUCGAGGCAAUGGGCCGUCAACGAAAGAGGCAUGAGUAUUCUUCUUUUUCAUGGAUUUUUCCUACUGGGUCUCUUUGUGGCCAUGAUGCCGGAUGUCUUGGUGCUUGGCUCGCCAGUACCGAGUUCGCAACAUUAUGGGGAACGGCCGGUCCAAAAGAAACACUGUUACUAUUUACUGACCGGAAACUUGCUUCAUGUGAAGUGCGUGAAUAUGGAGUUCCAGGAGAUUCCAAACACUUUGAGACCAAACAUACAGGCAUUGGAACUUUCCACCAAUCGAGUGAGGGAGUUGACGAACAACAGUCUAGCUCCUUACAAAAACUUAGCCUACGUCUAUCUAAAUGAUAAUUUCAUCACGACUAUCGAGGAAGGAGCUUUUGCCAAUCAACAUUACCUGGAAGUGUUGGAUCUCUCAAAGAACGGUUGCGACAGCCUGCCCACGAGUCUCUUUCAGAUACCGUCCUUGCGAACUCUCUACCUUGUAGACAACAAGCUCACCGAUUCAGUGUUAAACGUGCAAAUCACCUCGCCUCUCCAAGAGCUGUAUUUAAGCAAGAACAAGCUAACAAAAAUCCCGGACAUCGGUCUCCAGCCGGCACUUCUAAGACUUAAUGUGUCCGACAAUGCGAUCGCUUCGAUUAGCCCCGAGGAUGUGGCUCCGUUUUGUUCUUUGCAAUUGCUCAGUCUGGCCAGAACUUCAAUCAAAUUCAACAACGCUAACUGCGAGUGUCAGACGUUCAACGCGUGGGUAAAACUACGCAAUAUCAAGCUGAUUCCCGGUUAUUUCAAUUGCACCAAACCGCCGAUCGCGGUCAAGAACUGCACCAACAUAGAGUUUACUAAUCGAACGUACGAGCUGUACGACGAGUGCUCAGCUAUUAUCCAACAAAAGAUGGAAACGGAAAAAGCACGAUCGGUUUGGAUAACGGUGAUCAUAAGCGUCUCCGGAUUUCUGUUCCUGGUCUUCGUGGUGCUGUUCUGUGUGCAUAAGCGGAAUCGCAGGCGACGCAGGAGGCAAAUGAAAGAGGAGCAACAACUGGCAGCGAACAACGCCAAUACCGAGCUCUUGAACAGCAAUUUGAAACAGGUUACACAUUAGAAUCAAUCUUUGGAAUCGAGCACAGAACGGAGUUCCUUACUUUUCUCGAUACUCUGAAGAGUGAAUCUCACACUUCUCAAGAUAAUUUGUUCUCAUUUUUUUAAGUUUUUUUUCUCACGCUAUUGUACAUCAUCAAACUGGAUCAUCUUAUACGCAGAAUAUACAGUAUUUAUGAGAGCAUAAACAUGUACGUACGUACACUAUUACUCUAUUGAACUAUUGCCAAAGAAUAGAGGAAAUAAAGAAAAAACUUGAGAAGUGAGAGUUUAAUAGAUUUUGACGACUCGAAGAACUCUGCUGCAUACUUAAAUAAGACAAAGAAGCAAAAUAUGUUUCUUUGUUUCAUCAAUUGAGAAUUUUGCGGAGGCCACGCAAGAACUUAAUAUAUGUAUAAUUCGUAUAUUUUUAACUUUGUACGUUUAGUUUAUACGAGAAUUUGUGUCAGAUGAAUUUACAUGUUGAAGCGCACACAACUGAGCCAAUUUUUUACUUUCUUUUGCAAAAGGCUAAGAUUACUUAGUGUAUAUUAAAUAAUAAAGUUUUUCUAAUAAUCGAUCA